UCAGUCUCAAAGCGACCAAAAGGUGCCUCCACCACCAUCACCACUACCAACUCGCUCUCUAAAUCUCAACUAAUCCCACUCAUUCACUCCUCUCUCUCUCUCUCUCUCUCUCUCUCUCUGAUCCACGCAACUGGGGAAUCUCGGCUCAACCUGUUCCCGCGCCCACAAGAGAUCGGCCAUGGCUGCUUCUUCAUCGGGAAAUUCCAUUUCAACUUCUUCCUCUGCUUUCUCUCACAGACCAUUGGAAUUCUCCCCCGAUUCCCCCCAGAGACCCUCGCUCACCCCCGAUCAGGUCAAGUACUGCACCCAAGCGUUGGCCAUCCUCAGGGAGAAGCUUCAGACGCCGCACAUGAUCGCUCAAGAGUUCGCUCAGUUGCAGGCCAAUAGGAUAACGCCGAGUGAGAUGAGGAGAAGAUGCAUUGUAGCUCUAAAUGACGUAAAUGCGAGCAAAAAUCGGUAUAGAGAUGUCCUACCAUUUGACAAGAACAGAAUUGUUCUUGAAUCUAGUGCAGAUUAUAGACCUGCAGCCGAGGGAUAUAUCAAUGCAAGCUUUGUCUCGACCUCUUCCUCCGGAAGUAUUUCUCAGUUUAUAGCUACACAAGGUCCACUACCACAUACUUAUGAGGAUUUCUGGGAAAUGGUGAUCCAACACCGUUGCCCUGCUGUUGUGAUGCUCACUAGGCUUGUUGACCAUUAUAAGAUGGUAAAAUGUGGAGAUUAUUUUCAAGCUGAAGAUGGACCUAGAGAGUUAGGCAAUAUCUCUAUUAUUAGUAAAUGGAUGAAAACUACUGAAACAUCACUGGUACUGCGCCAUUUGGAGGUGAAGCAUAGAGAGGAAGAAGAGCUGCCCUUAUCUGUUUUGCAUAUUCAGUAUCCUGAAUGGCCUGAUCAUGGAGUUCCUAAAGACACAUAUGCUGUGCGUGAAAUUAUGAAAAGAUUGUACCAUGUACCACCAAACCUUGGCCCAAUAGUGGUGCACUGCAGUGCAGGUAUUGGCAGAACUGGAACAUACUGUGCAAUUCACAACACAGUUCAGAGAAUCCUUGCUGGUGAUAUGUCUGCCUUGGAUCUUGGUAAUACCAUAGCUGUCUUCAGGUCGCAGCGUAUUGGAAUGGUUCAGACACAGGAUCAGUACUUUUUCUGCUACAAAGCUAUUGCAGAGGAACUGGAAGACCUUGUUUCUCAUGAUCAAUGAGGUGCAUUUGCAGGCAUGGAAAACUCACAUGGGGGCAUCCUUUUUAUUAUAGCACUUAACUAAAACCUAUUUGGGAAAAAAUUGGCUCUAGGAAUAACAUAAUUUGAACUAUUAUUUCUGCCCCCUCCCCUUUGUCCUCUUUCUCUUCUUUCCCCAUCUUUUGGAUGGUGAACUUUCUAGGCCUUUCGGUGCAAGAAGCUUUUGUUGAAGCUAAUAAAAGCUUCUUGCCUUAUUCAAGUACCCUAGAGUUCCGGAUGUAGAAUAACUGAUGCUGAUGAGAUGAUCAUUUAUAGAUAAUAGACAUCUCCCUCCAUUUUUUUUUUUAAAUUGUGCACAAGUAUCUUUCCAUUAGAUAGAAUCAUAUUUGAGGCACGGUUUAAUGUAAUGUUUUGUGGGUAAAAAAUUGUUCUCUAGAAGGGAAAUGAAAAAUGUACCUAUCCUAUUGUCUUGUUAGGUGCAUUUCCCAUUUUCAUUUUGGAAAACAGUUGUGUACUAAACAUGCAAUAAAUGUAGAUAUCUCUUUCAACGGGAUUCGAUUAA